AAAUUAAUAUAAACAAAACAGAAAAUCCGACAAAUUAAAAUGAAAUAAAUAAAUAAAAAUAUUAAAUAAAUUUCAGAGGGAUAUGGAUGUGGAAAAUUCGACGUUUAGAAAUUAUGGAAAACACAAGCGUUGAAAAUACGAUUUAGCAAAUAUUUACAAUGUGAAAUAAAUUAAAAACAAGAAAAUAGUGCCUUUAAAGAAAAAAUAUGCUCAAUGCAAGAAGUAAAAAAUCAAAUAGAGAAAUGUUUAUUAAUAUUUAAAAAAUUAUGGCCAAAAAGGGGAGAAUAUAAUACCAAUUAAGAGAGUACAAAAUAUGAGCAAAAGAAACUAAAAAGAAAGUGUCGGAAAACGCAGACAAUUUAUACAGGUACGAACUUUAAAAAAAUGUGUAAAUGGAGAUUUAACUAAAAACUACUACUAAAAAAGAAACGCAUUUAUUCGGUAUUUUUUAUAUGAAAGACCAUCAAUAGUUAUUGGUUAUCGUUAAUUGAUAAAAUUCGAAGGCAGCUUAUUUAUUACCAAGUAUUCUUUUCACGAAUGUUUGAAUGUAUGGUGUAUGUGCGCGUUUAGUUAGGAUUUUUUUUUUCAUUUGUACUCUCCUCACUCGAUGUGCUUCUUGAAUUGCUUCAUUUUUUUGCUGUUUUCCUUUCGCCUUUUUCUUUUGAAUCUUUUCAUUCAUAUGCGGUAACUCAGCCACAUAAAUAUCAGCAAAUACGAACGUGUGCAAAUGUGUAUUAACCCAAGAUGAUACGGCCAACCAACCAGUAAACUUAACCAGCCACUUUAUAACGUGUGUUUGCGUACGCGCGUGUGUGCGCAAGAAAUGUACUAAAGUAAAACAAUAAAAGAUAUACGAGAAAACGAAACCAAAAAUAAAAAGAAAUAAAUAAAUAAUAGCAAAAGAAUUAUGUGUGAAGUAAAUAGAAAACUACGGCAAAAAAAGGAAAAUCGUAAUUCUUUAAUAAAUUGAAGAAAGGUAAUAAAUUCUUACUAAUCUUCUUUUAAGAAAAGAAACAAAGACCGUCAAGUUUAGUUUGUAAGCGAAAUUUGGUUUCAAAAUUUUGGAUUACGGGCAAGGCGUAGGCAAUUCUUUUUGCCUAUAUCGAAGUUCGCUUGUGUGUGUAUGCGGAAUAUAUAGUCUUGGCCAAGAAAAUAUAAAGCCAAUUGUAUGCCGUGUGCGUACGUAUGUUUUUAAUAGUGCUUUCAUAAUAUUUUUUCCUUCUAAAAACCGAUAAUUACAAAAGACCGCGAAUGCAAUAAUAACAACACUGAGAAUAAUCACAAUAACAGUAAUUACAGCUACAAGUGCUACAUAAACAGAUCGAUUGUUUUUGUCCUGGUUGUUUUUAUUGCUACUAUAAAUUAGAAGAAAAAGGAGGAAAAAAGGAAAACUCCCAUGCGAGAUACUCGCUCAUUUCUCUCGCUAUAAUUUGGAGCAUAGAUUAUAAACUGGAGCUAUUCUCUUACUAUCACUAAUUUUAUUCGUAACCGUACUCGUUACGAUUCGUUGCGUUUGCAUUUCAUUUGACCUAAACGUCGUCGUUUCUUUCACAAAUUUCGUGGGCAUCCCAAAAUAACGAAUUGCCUUCACUCAGUUGCUUACUGUUAUUGUCCGCGAUAGUUAUCAUAUCCUUUAGCAGGUGUGUGUUUUUGUGUAUUUUUCGGUUUAUAUUCUUCCUUCAUUUGCACGCAAGGCUUCUUUCGUCAGGAGUCUUGGACUUGUUGUGGAUUUAAGUGUUUUCUCAAUUGGAUUAUGUGCAAAUUGCGUGGCAUUUAUAUAAAAACCAAACAUUCAAAAGCGGAUAACACAUAAACACGACGGUUUUUUACUAUUGUUUUUUUUUUUUUUUUAUUGCUUUAAACGAAAGCAUUUAUUCUGAAAUCCAUUGAAAGCAAAUAUCACUAAGAAAAUGUUUAGGAAGAAGAUUUUCGGCCACCACAACAUCCACACAAAGCCGUCGUCAAAACGAGGGACAGUUUCCUAAAAACGCUACGAAAAGCCUGCACAAAAUAUAAGGCUGAAAAAAUUAAAAAAAAAAUAUAUAUAUAUAUAUAUAUUUUCCAAAAUUAAACGAAUCCCUGAAUAAUGUCUAAAAUAUAUUCCACACACCCUGCACUAGCUUCAGAGCAAUUGCAACGUACUGAACGAGGUGCAAACAGCUUAGUGCAUAGCCAGGCGCAUCAUCAACAUAGAAGGCAUAACUCCAUUAGUGCAAGAGUUUGCAAUAAAUCAUUGGCAAAAACUGCUUCGAGAACUGAUUUAAUAACGUCGUCGUCACAGCAACAGGAUGCCAUCACGCUGCCAGAGCAGCAUGGCUUAGAAGUUAGAAAUUUGGACGAAGUGGACGCGGAAGAGACUAGAAGGCGAAGAUUACCUUUUGCAUCUCGCUUAAGAAAUAACACCAAAGAUUGUAUAGACUCAAGAAACACAACACUUGCCUCAGUAGAUGAAGAUGAUCAUCUACAGCAUCGAUUUAGUCGAACCUCUCAUGCUACUCAAAAAGCAGUGGACAAUCCAUUCAGCGGCAGUGUGGGCGAUGUGAGUUGUAUAAGCGAUUUGAGCAGCACGUUAACUAGCCCAUCUGCCAGUACUGUCUCGUCACCGCUAUCCACGCCAACAAGAAUUACGUCACACUUUCAUCAACCCCGCACACAGCAAGUGGUGGUACAGUCAUGUUGCCAGACAAGUAAUACAUUAGCUGCCAACACGUCUAAAACUCUAAACUCCUCUUCCGUCACCUCAACUACUGUUUUAAAUACGUCAACAGCUAAACAACCUUUGGAGCAGCAGCAGCAGCAGCAGCAGCAGCAUCUGCACGAAAUUCACCAUCAAUUACAGCAUCAAAGCCAAACCAAUACCAAUACGUUAACACCGACGCCUUUACCGUUGUCAAGCUUAACGAACGGAAGUAAAAAUCUAAAAAAAUUUGAUCCACGCUUGGGUCCGUCGCCUUAUCGUCAAUUAUUGCCUAUAGCAUUGUGUAUCCUAUUGUUUGCGACGGUUUUUAGCAUUUUAAUCGUUUACAUGGAUACGACAGAGAUACGCCAUCAACAAUUUCGUUUAAAUAUGUCGCGCGAUUAUGAGCUCUACAAUGUGGCUCAAGAUGAUCCUCAACUUAUAGCAUUCCUGCGUGAGAUACACAUGCGCAAAUACCCUCUGCAUCCAUUUAAAACGCAUACAGAUGAAACUAGUGGCAGUGGCGUUGGUGGUGCUCAUGUCCUGGUUGGCAUCGAUCAACAUUUGAAUUUUAGUGCUCAUCCCAAUGAGUUGACACCAAAAAUGGCCUAUUUUGUGGCAAAUUUGCUAAACGGUAAAGCCAACGGCGCCGUUAUACAAUCGCUAACAGGCACUUUAGGGCAUUUAAUGACAGCCCCCUGGCUCUCGGAGACUUUAAAUUGGGCGGCGUUGAUAAUUGAGCCGGAGCCCCGACGUUAUUUUACCCUUCGUAAGCAAAAUGCUUUAAGACCACGUGUACAAGUCGUUCAUGCGUGCGUUUCACCCAAUUCCUAUCCCAAAGAGGUUACUAUUCAUAACGAAGAAUCUGAAGUGCGAAUUAACAGUCUUCUCGAUGAAGAGACAUCAUGGUUCAAUUCGCGUGUCAAAUGCUUUCCUCUAUACACUAUAAUGUUGGCUUCGAGUCGUGUCGAAUACGAUUUGCUUAGCUUGGGUGUGCAUGGUCAUGAGCUGGAGAUUUUACAAACUCUACCCUUUGAUAAAGUGAAAAUUGAAGUGAUAUCCAUACAUUUGUUGGAAGAUCAGGAGGAUGUUAGUAAAUAUAUGACUACGCUUAGCAAAUUCCUCCAAACAAAAUCUUAUAGAUUAUUGGAUAAAUUUGGACGCAAUUACUUCUAUCAACGACAAACCACUACAAAUCGAACGAGGAAAAAAGAUACGUUGGUGCUGAAAACCCCUUGAAGAAACUUUUCGCACACCUCCCCCUUUCUUUUCUAAUUUUUUGUUUCUUGUUUUUUGUGUUUUUUUUUUUUUUUUUUGUUUUAUUUUUAUUUUCAUAUUUUUGAUUUUCAUUUGUAUAACAAUUAAAAACGAAAAAGAAACAUUUAUAUAAACUUUUUGUAUGUUAGCUCAGUCAGUGUCGUAUAUAUGCAUACAUAUAUACAUAUAUGUAAAAUUUCAUAAAUGAAAUUUAUUUAUGAGUAUAAAAAAGAAAGUAGUUUUGUUAAGUACUUUUUCUCUGGCUUUGAAAACGGAAAAGCCAGUCUCUUGAUGCGGUGUAAAGGAAAACGAAACCUUUAGUGUCUGUUGAGUUUAUGUAAUAUUUUCAUUUUCUUAUUAUCACAAAUUUAAUUACCCCUGGGAUAUAUGAAACACAACGAUGCUUUAUAGUAAUAAAUAUAUAUUUAAUUUACGAAUAUAUUAUAAAAAAACCGAGUGUACACAAACGAAAUUUAAUUAAAUU